AUGGGCUUCCGCGACGUCCAACGCGAACAAACCGAUUACUUCGCCUACCACCGCGCCGGCCGCGCCUCCUCCUGGUCCAAGCACAGACGCCGAGACGCCAUUCACAACCUUGGGUUCCCCCGUCGUCACCCAGCGCGCUGGCCCGGUUUCGGGCCGCCGCCACCCCAUCCCGGCCGCAGCACGUUUAGGGAACCGGCCCCCUACGCAAAGAGUCAGGAGGAUGGAAGACAGGAGAGUCCGAAUUCUGGGGUGCAGAGGCGCGCGAAACGGUUGGAGAGAUUACUGGCGCACGAGGGCAUGAGGUUUGAGAAGGUGCUGGGUUGGGGAGGGUUUGGGAUGGCUUGUUUGUUUAGUAUGACUGGGGCUGGCAGAGGUGGACAGGGGGGAGGGGGGGAUAAGGUUGUUGUGAAGAUUGAGCUUGAGGCGAGGGGGACGUUGGAGAUGGAGAGGAGGAAUUAUGAGUUGAUGCGCAACGCCCACCACGUCCUUCACAUGUACAACCUCGCAGCCGAAGAAGCCAUCGAAGAGAGCGACCUCGUAGCCGGCGGACUCUUCCUCGAGUUCAUGGAGCGCGGUACCCUAGAGAAAUGGAUCGUCAAGAUGGCCAAAGAACGAAAAAAGUUCAGCGACGGGGCGCUAUGGAACAUCUUCGACUGUCUCGCUCGUGGCCUGGUUGCUUUGGCUUAUCCCGAAAAGGAUUGGAGGGUGGAAGAGUCGGCCAUGAUGUUCAAAGAUGACCCGGUGGAUCCUAUGGUGCAUUUUGAUAUUGAUCCUACUAAUAUACUGGUGGGAGGCUUUGGAAUGUUUGGCCUAAGACACCAUUCCAAUGUGCCGAUACACAAGAUUGGCGACUUGGGUUUGGGAGAAAUCUACAACUCCCGCGAACGACGUGAUACAAAGAAAGUGUGGUAUGCCAGACAGUCCGGCAAGGCUUAUCUGUACACUCCUGAACAGUUCACCGAAGAAUGGGACUGGUUCGCCGGCGCGCCGGCUGCUGAUGGGGCACGGACAGCAGGUAACUAUCGAGAAGCCAUGAACCUCUGGCAGAUGGGCUGGAUCAUGUAUGCCUUGAUCACCCUGUGUUGGCCCAACGAGAAAAAGGAACCGUUUGUAUGGGCUAACGAGCUGUUGGACCGACAGGUGAGAGAUGCCACGUAUGGCGGCGAUUUGUUGUACUCGGGACGGUACGAUGACACGGAUCGAGACUUGAGAAAACUGGUUGCGCAGUGCUUGUAUCACUGUCCCAUGUCGCGGCCCUCGCUCAAGGAGCUCGAGAUUGCUAUCAAGCUCAAGCUGAGGUCCACCAACUUGGACAAGACCGAGGAGGAAUCGAGAGCGUGGGCUAGGCGGUUUUACGGAGAGCCAGAAAGGCGACCACGGCCGGCAGCGGCCCCGGCUCCUGCCCGUGAGCGUUGGAAUAUGGGUGCUCAACCCCCGAUCCGGUUUGGCGGGGCAGCGAGGGCUCGGUUCGGCAAGGCGUUUUCGAACGAAAGUGUCUUGGACUUGCAGCGGCUACAAAAAACGGAGGGCAGAUGA